AUGAAGCCGUUCGAGGCCUGGGCGAAGGCGGACUGCGAACUGCUGCUGAGGCACUUCCAAACCACAGAUUCCGUGCGCUUCGAGGCUUUCAGCAGCAUCUGGAGGGAACUCAAGUUCGAACACAUCUUCUAUGGAGCGGCAAGACAAGAGAAUCGUCUGUUCACACGGAUCCUUCUGGACACUGCCUACGUCUUCCUGCUUCCCCCAUUUACCUUUCAGAUCCGAGUGGGAGGGCUCUACCUGCUGUACGCGCUGUUCCACCGACAGACCAUCGCCCCCCCUGAGAAGAUCCGCCUGGCUCUGAAGGACUGGCAGCAGCUGCAGUCUUUAGAGAAAGAUGCUGUGGAUUCUCAACACUAUGAUGUGGUUUAUGUUUUAAAAACCCUUCUGCACAAGAAGGCUUUUGUAUUCGCCGCCAUGCCACGACAGCUCCAGUUCGAGCGCAGGAAGCAGCCGCAGCUCCGUCCUGUCACUGAGGAUUUUGUGGAGAGACCUUCUGCUCCUCAGAGCCUCAUCAACAACAGCCUACUGGAGGAGUUGUCAAACGUCCACAACCUCUACUCCUCGCUGAAGUCCUCUGUGUGUCCUCAGUCCGAGUCUGGUCUGAGUCUGGUUCAAGCCGACCUAGUCCAGAACCUGACUGGGACCGUCCUGGACUACUACACCUGGCAACAACACAAGUUUCCUGCUUCAGCCUCAAGUCCAGACAAGGACAGCGGAGAGGGACCGUCCAACAAACAGGAGAGUUCCAAACGAGCUGGUCUUCUCGCCUCCAUCAAAUCUCGUGCCUAUGGAGAGACCACGGCGACGUCAAAGUCUCGGCGCCACCGUGCAGUGGAGUUGGAGUCUGCAACGCAGAGCUCCAGACGCUCUCACAAAGUCAGACCAAAAACUCUCAAGUACAAAGUCACCAUGAACAAGCAGGUCUUCGGGGAAAAAUGGAAAGAUGCUUCGUCCUCAACUCAGGUCUCUCGCCUCACGACUCAUGCUGACAAACACAAACCACCGCGAUGCUACAAGAAAUUCAAAUGGAAAUCUGAAGAAACAGAACUGAGAGGAUGCUCCGCAGCCUCUCAGCGUCUUUCUGCGGCCGCGAAAGCAGCCAUGGCUACGGACAUUCCUGCGGAGGCUCUGGGCUUCCUGUCUGCGGUGGGCGUCUUCAUCGUGGUCCUGGCGCUCCUCUUCCUCUUCAUUCAUAAGAAGCUGUGUUUCUCUGAGGUGGGAGGUCUGCCGUGUCUGGAGCCACGAGGUCAGAGACGCAAGAGGAGGAGCCGAGGAACUCUGGUGAAGAGUUUUGGCGAAGAGGACGACGACUUUGGCUCCAGCUCCGACAGUGAGGCAGAGAUCCUCAAGCAGUUUGAGAUCUCUGUGUCCCGAUCGCAGAGCUUCAGAAGCACCUCCGCAGCCGCUAAUGAGCGAGCUACCGAGAGAGCUAACGAGAGAGCUAACGAAGCGUCAAACGAGCGAGCUAACGAGAGAGCUAACGAAGCGUCAAACGAGCGAGCUGACGAUCACUCACAAUCUCAGCCGCAGUCGCUAAAGUCCUUGAACAAGAGGCACCGGUUCUCCAGGCUGUCGGACCACGAGGAGGCCUGCACCGAGCCCUCUGACAUGGAAGACUCAGCGUCGCAGACUCAGGACCCAUUGGGUGCAGCCGCUGAUGAGACCCAGUCCAGAACCAGUCCAGGCCGGUCCAAAACCAUCCUGAAGCAAACUAGUUUGAACGCAUUGCGGCAGGAAGCAGACGGCAGCGAGGACUUAAAGGCUCAGGCCGCGGCCGACGAGGAGAGCUCCUCCACCUGGAGCCCUGAGCAGGAGCAGCCUCCGGCCCUGGACCUCCCCCUGGACCACCCCCUGGACCAUCCCCUGGACAUCCCCCUGGAUCUCUCCUCCUCUCGCUCGCCCGUCUUUAAGUGUGCAGACCUGGUGCUGAGCCUGGACUACAGCCCGGAGCAGGAGCGGGUCUUGGUCUCAGUCCUGGGGGUCAGAGAUUUGCCAGACAAGAGCCGGUCUGGGAUGGACUCCUGGCAGAUCCACAUGGUCCUACUGCCCUCGAAGAAGCAGAGACACAAGACGUCGGUCCAGAGGGGAAACCAGCCCGAGUUCAACCAGACAUUCAGGUUCAGUCAUGUGGAGUCCAGCGACCUCCAUGCCUUUGCCCUGCGAUUCCGGCUGUAUGCUGUAGGGGGCAGGAUGUCGAGGGAGAGGAUGAUGGGGGAGAAGCUGUUCAGACUGUCCCAGCUCCAGCCACAGGGGGGCACUCUGCAGACCACACUGCUGCUGCAACCCAGGAGCAACAUCCAGAGUAUUGGAUCCCAGAUGUCUCUCUCUCCGGACCAUGUGUCCUCCACAUGGUCUCUGACCCAUGGUGGCGCUCCUGAGCUGCUGCUGGGUCUGACCUACAACGCCACCACAGGACGACUGUCUGUGGAGCUGGUGAAGGGGAGUCACUUCAGGAACCUGGCCCUCAGCAGACCCCCAGAUACGUUCGGACGCCUGUCGCUGCUGAACUCCGUCGGGCAGGAGAUCUCUCGCUGUAAGACCUCAGUGCGACGCGGACAACCAAACCCGGUCUACAAGGAGACUUUUGUGUUCCAGGUGGCGUUGUUCCAGCUCUCUGAUGUGACUCUCCUCGUGUCGAUCUUCUGCCGUCGCAGCAUGAAGAAGAAGGAGGUGGUGGGCUGGGUGUCUCUAGGGCAGAACAGCAGCGGAGAAGAGGAGCACAGCCACUGGGUAGACAUGAGGGAGGCGCGGGGCCAGCAGGUGUGUCGCUGGCACCGCUUGCUGGAGGGGUAG